AUGGAGCGAACCGGGAGGGCGUCAUUUGUCCAGGACGCGGCGCUGCUUAGGUGCGUUGCGGAUCAUAUCCACAACAAGCUACAGCUCCACCACCUCUGCCUGGUCAACAAGGCCUUCCAUAAUGCCUUCACCCCCAAGCUCUACGCCGAGAUGGACAUUAUCACCACCGUCAAGGGCCACAACCGAGAUUUCCUCGAGUCCCUGCCCGACAAUCCGCACAUCCGCCACGUCCGCCGCCUGCAGUGCGACUUUAAUCACAAUGGUCCCACCAACUGGGUCGUGAGGGCGCUUGUCCGACGCAUGCCCAUGCUCCAGGAGUUCGAGUGGGACGGCGGCACGCUGCUGCAAGAGACCAUGAUGACCAUCCUGCUCUCGUGUCCAAAGCUCAAGUCCUUUGUCAUGAUCUAUGAGCCUGCCGACAACCAGGCCUCGAGAUAUCGCUGGAAUCCGCUGUUCCAUCAGCCCGCCGAGGAGCCGGCGCCGGACCCGAAUCCACCAGCGGAUUGGCAGCUGGCUCAGGGUCAUCAGAUGCGUCCCACCGGCCAAGGUUCCUGCACUGAUUCCGGCCAUUGUGCCGACGACGAGGGCUAUGUUGGAGCGGUCAAGUCAGCCCUGGCUUCGGCAGACAUGCAUCAUUUGGUCCCAUUCUCCGGCCUCACCAAGCUGACGAUAGCCGAGAUGGACGACCCAAUGGAACGGCUCAAACACGACUGGAAGGCCGACAUCCUCAAGAUCCUCCUUGCUUGCCCAGACCUCAAAGAGCUGACGCUGAGUUUCAGCAUCGAUUGUAUUCGGUUGCUGUUUAAAGACUUUGGCUGUCUCCUUGCCCCCUUUCUGGAAAGCCUUUGCGACCAAUACCAGGACAGUGGAGGCAAACCGCUCAAGCUCAGGGCUCUCCGGCUUGGACUCGGACUCCUGCUUGCGCCCAGCGAUGCACCCGAGGAGUAUGACGCCAAGUCCCUGCUUGCGCCCAGCAACGCACCUGAGGAGUGUGACGCCAAGUCCCUGCUUGCGCCCAGCGAUGCACCUAAGGAGUGUGACGCCAAGUCCAGACCUCUUAAGGCACCAUACCUCUCCAAGCUCACCGACAUUACGCAGCUCCAAGAGGUUUACAUCGACAAUCGAGGGAAGUUCGAUGUUGGGAACCUCUACUGGCCGGAAGCGAGCCAGGAGGGCGACAACAGAAUUGCCUGGAAGACAUUUUCCAAAGAUAGCACCCCGAACCUCCGGCAAAUGGGGCUUGCUACUGACGUCGAGCUAGAAUCUCUGGGUGAGUUCCUGGCCCCACUGGUCGGAGUCCCAGUCAGCUCGGAGAUACAAAACGCCGAGAUUCGCAAAAGGUCUGGGCUGGGUCAGGUCAUCCUGAAGCUCUGGGACACGAGAGAUUAUCCAUCUGGGGGCGACGAGAACGGUAUCUUCUCCGUUCUGGCCAAAGAGGCGGCCGACAACCCACAAGCACCGGGGCCGGACGGCCAGGAUCCAAUCUGGGGGCCCUUCUUCGGCUUGGCAGCGAGCUCAAGCCGCCUUUUGGUCUACACCAGAAGCGAGGGCAAGAAUCAGGGCAUAUUCAACAUGGACCAGCUGGAAGCGGGGUUGAGGACCCUACCAGAGCUCCGCGAGCUCAUCCUCGGCUGCCCAAUGCAUUUCGGGGGCUGGAGCAAGAUCCCGUGGCCCCAGAUUAUGGACCUGGAGCCUGAUUGUAUGGAGGUGGACGACCUCGUUCACACGUUCGGGAGCCGCAGGUGGCGCAAGGACGUGGCGUCCCGCCUCGCCCGGGCCGGCAAAGGGCUCCAGGUGGUCAAGUUUGGGCGCAUGGCGUGGCGGGUCUUGCGGGGCGGGGGCGAGGACGGUUCGGGGGUGACGAGGCUCCUAAGCAUGGACAAGUACGAGCAGCGGCGCCGUGGCUGCGACAAGGGACCUUGCAGCCCGCUUCCAGAGUUCGCGGCCUCGCUGAUUGGUGCGAGUUUCAGCUAUGGAGCUGGCGUUGGCGUUGACCACGACGCUAGGAUGUGGUGA